CCUUGGAAACCAAAUCCUUCCACGAUUGUCAAAAUCAUCAAUUCAAAAUGUCGUUUCAUUAAAAUUCCCAGUAAUUCAAAAUUAGAUCAUAAGAAAAACUGAAAAAUGCCAUCAGGAACACCCUGCGCUUGUGGCGCUAAAAAGGGAGGGCCUUGCACCCUCACUUCACCCAUCAACAUCGGCGAUGAGGCCAAAGCAGCCCCUGAAGAUCUCAAGGAACCUUUCGAAUUCAACGGUCUGGAAAAAAUGCUCUGCACCGAGAUAAGGAACGAUGGUGAGCAAAUUCUGCUCAGGAUAUGCCCAAAACAAAGCCCCGUUAUAAUAGGAGGUGGGCUAAGUCAUUCUGAGUACAUAAUCGAUCGUAUAGAUUUUCACUGGUGCUCAGCACACACCAUCAACAACGAGAGAUUCCCCUUGGAAACACACAUAUUAAUGUAUUGCACGGAAUUUUCUGGAAUAGAUGAAGCUUUGGAGAAAGAGGGGGCUGCUGCCCUCUCAAUUUUGUACGAAUUCUCGGACGUCACAAGUUGCGGUAUCUGUAAAAUGCUUCCAUUCAUUCCUCAGAUAAGUAAAUGUAUAGACAGACCGGUUCCCUACUGUGUGGUAUCAUUGAAGGACUUCUUGCCACAGGAUAAGGCAAACUUUUACAGAUACACUGGAUCCACAACUUUUCCGCCAUUUAAAGAGGGUGUCGAAUGGACUGUUUUCAAGCAGAAGCUGCCGAUCACCAGGAUGGAUCUAGGAUGUUUCACGAACGUCUGUUCCAGAGAUGGAAAUUUAAUAGUUUCAAAUUUUAGACCUGUGCAACCGAUACCUCCAGGUGCUGAAAUUUAUACUGUCUCUGAUGGCAAAGAUUGCAGUUGUUCUAAGUGAUAAGUGAUAAGAUUAGUCUGAUUAUAUUUUGACAGAGAUUAAAUUGGUAAAACUGA